AAUGCCGCCAUCCCUGAUUGCCGUGUCCGAGUUCGUGGAGGAGACGCGCUCCGACUACAGCUCGCCCACUACCUCCACCUUCGCCUCCCGGAUGCCCGACUGCCGCCACACGAUUGGCGUCCUGGAAGAGAGAUUGGAGUUUGAUCGGGAGGGUCUAACUAAGUUGAAAAAAGCGGUCAAGGCUAUUCACAACUCUGGAAACACCCAUGUGGACAAUGAGAUGUUUAUGGUGCGUGCUCUGGAGCGGUUGGGCGGCAAGGUCAUUGAGCAGGAUGAGCCGGACAUCGGCGCCGCAUUUCUUAAAUUCAGCGUGGUCACCAAGGAGCUCAGCGCACUGAUGAAGACCCUGAUGCAAAACAUCAACAACAUUGUGAUGUUUCCGGUGGACUCAAUGCUGAAGAGCGAACUGAGGGGCGUGAAGGGGGACAUGAAGCGGCCGUUUGACAAGGCGGCCAAGGACUACGAGGCAAAGUUCAUUAAGAUUGAGAAGGAGAAGAAAGCACAGGCCAAAGAGGCGGGUAUGGUGCGUACAGAGAUCGACGCCGCUGUGGUGGCCGAAGAAAUGGAAAAGGAGCGUCGACUUUACCAGCUGCAGACUUGCGAGUAUUUGCUGAAGUACAAAGACAUUAAGACCAAAACGGGAAUCGAGCUGUUGCAGCACCUUAUAGAGUAUUAUCAUGCGUUAAGCAACUACUUUAAGGACGGCCUACAGACGAUCGAGCACUUUGGCACAUACAUCGGCGACCUCAGCGAGAAGCUACAUGAGAUCAAGCAGAAGCAGGACGAGGAUCGUCGCAGUUUGCUUGACCUGCGAACAGUUUUGCGCAGCACUCCGGACUUUGAGCGAGUCGACAAUGUGCCAUCGUCGGAGAGCCGAAGUGGGGGAGCUGGUUACUCUCUCCACCAGCUGCAAGGUGACAAACAUCACGGCGUCACUCGACAAGGCCACCUAUUCAAGAAGAGCGAGGGCAAAGUGCGUCGCGUGUGGCAGAAACGACGAUGCCGGGUCACCAGCGAUGGUUUUCUUGACAUCUUCCAUGCCGACGAGUCCAAGCCGCCAACACGCGUAAAUCUGCUUACCUGCCAGAUUAAGCCGGUGCCAGAUGACAAGCGCGGGUUUGAUCUUAUCAGCUACAAUCGUCCGUAUCACUUUCAGGCGGAGGAUGAAGGCGACCAGAAGGCAUGGAUGGCCGUCCUGGUGAACUGCAAGGAGAAAGCACUUACCAAGGCCUUCCAGCACGCCAAUCCGCAGAUGAGUCCAAGCCUGGUGGAGUUGCAGAAGACUGUGAUCCGAUAUGUACAGCUACUGCCGGGAAACGAUCGCUGCUGUGACUGUGGAUCGCGAAACGAUGUGACCUGGAUCAGCCUUAACUUUGGCAUUUUGGUGUGCAUUCAGUGCUCUGGUGUUCAUCGCGACCUGGGCGUGCAUCACUCGCGUAUCCAGAGUCUUACGCUGGACAACUUGACGACGGCUAACCUGUUGAUUGCACGUGCCAUGGGCAACAGCACACUGAACGACAUUAUGGAGGCGAAACUGGGAAGGUGCAAGCUUCAGCACGAGAGCAGCAUGGAAGAGCGCUACGACUUUAUUCGCGCCAAGUAUGUUGCCAAGCGCUAUGUCAUGCGCACCUGCUCGGAUGACAACGACUUACGGUGCGAUUUAGAGCAGGCAGUGGUCAAUGCCGACAUGAGUCAGUUGCUCCAGGUGUGGGCAGAAGGAGCGGAUCUCACUUGCUGUCUGCCCAGCUCUGAUGCAGGAGAGACGGCCCUUCACCUGGCCGUGCUGCGCGAGAUGGGAUCCACGCUGCACAUAGUCGACUUCCUCAUCCAAAAUAUGCCGCCCAAAGGUCUUAACAAGGCUACCAACCCAGCAGGCCUUCUGGAUGUGACGGGAAAGAAUACGGCUUUGCAUUUGUGUGCUCUUCACGAUCGGAGAGAGUGCAUGAAGCUGCUGCUCCGCUCAGGAGCGGACUAUGAGCUCAAGAACUCACAGAAUAAAACAGCGCUGGAUAUUGCCAAAGAAAUGGGACACAAUAGCUGCAGGGAGCUCAUUGAAUGUGCCAUUAAGAGGGAGAAAAGCGCUUUUGACCACAUCAACACCGACUGGAAUUUGCCAAACGAGGAUGGUUCCACGGAUUUCAGCGACGAUGAAACAGUCAUCGAUGAGCGCAAAUCCCGUUCGCGUCCCCCCAGUUUUGCUGGCGGGGACUCGCCCGUUCUGCGCUCUCGUUCCUCUACAUGCGACUCAAUACAGUCCAGUUCUAGUCCAAUCGCCAAUUGUCCGAGUCGGCAAUUUACUCUACCCUCCGGUCUGCCGAGCUAUACACAUUCUGCAGGGACUUCGCCCAAACAGCAUAUUAGCGUGGGACAGUAUCUGGGCAGUGCUACCAAUGUUGGAGGCGGUGGGGCCGGGAAUGGUGGUUCAAGUCCCAGUUCCGCCUCCAGUCAGAGCGUUCGCGCGGCGAGAAACAGCUUAAAUAUGCAAAGCGAUCUGGGCGGGCAUGUGACUGGCGCUCGGAAAUCAACAUCUACAGCCAACAUGAAUUCGCUAAAGAAGCGUACAGCCCCAGCUCCACCACCUGGAACAUUGGGAAGUGCUUCGUCCAGCUCUUUUUACGGCACUUUGCCUCAUCCUCCACGCCAUUCACAAAACUUCGAUGCCAGCGACAUUCGAGCCAUCAAUCACAAGAACCAGUCCCUGGACGUGGCGUAUGGCACGUUGCCUCACCUUCGGAGCGUAGAAAGCAGCCCUAGAGGCGGAGGAGGAUACGGGUAUGGAGUGUCACAAGAUCCAGGAGGAUCUGGAAACGGGAGCAACAACAGUCUGAUGCCUGCCAUGACUACAUUCGGCCACAAGCGUUCACCCAGCGGUGAGUCGCUGAACAGGAAUAUCCAUUUAGCGGGCGCCAAGCUUGUUCUGCCGCCCACCGGUGAGUUGCCCACGCUGAAGCAUGUGGACAAAUCGGCGUUAGCAAGGCCAAAGAUACCUCCGCCAGGACCGCCAUCAGAGCGUGAAAUAUCAAACGGACAGUCUAACGAGAGCAUCAGUUCCAUGGACGAGGGUCCAGUGGCGCCUCCCCGUAAGCGCAAGCAACACAUCAAUCAAUUGAGAUUCCAGUCCAGCGAGGAGACGCUGGUUAACCAGUCGGCCAAUUUCCCCGACUACGAGUCCUGGCAUACGGAUAUGGACAGCUCUGGUGGCGGUCUGGAUCACUCAGCCGAGUCGAAUGUGUCCUCGAGCGACAACGACCGCCUCAACUCAUCGCCGGACAAUCCAUCGAAAACUGGUGGGACUGGGCUAGGCGGAAAGUUCCACUAUAAUGGUCAGCGGCGGUGCCGAGCUCUCUACGAUUGCGUGGCGGACAACGAUGAUGAGCUGGAGUUCAAGGAAGGUGAAAUUUUGAUCGUGCUGAACGAACGCACCGACGACGAGAAUUGGAUGGAGGGCAUUAUUGAGGGACAGCCGGCGAGGAAGGGCAUGUUUCCUGUCAGUUUCGUGCAUAUGCUGCCUGAUUAAUAAAACCCCUGUUUGUGCUGAUUGUGUGUGGCUGCGCGUGAUUGUAUAUAGAUAUAUAUAUAGAUGUUUGUAUGCGUCUUUUAAACUCUAAUGAUAUAUAAAAAAAGUUUUUAUUUAUUACGACUAUUUUAUCACAAA